AUGCGAGGUACUGUUGCUUCGGAAGAUUUACUUUUUGAUUCAAGAAUUGAACGCACAGCACGAAGCAACAGGAGUAGUGCAAGAAGAAGAAAGCGAGAAAGAAGAAAGGAACAGAGACGAAUUGAGCAAGAAGAGGAGACAUCAACAAUGACAGAAGAACAAAAUCCGAGAAAGACUAUACGUGAUUAUUCUAUGCCAGAUCCUAAUGGUUAUCAAGGAAGCAUUGUGAGACCUCCUAUUCAAGCCAAUAAUUUUGAAAUCAAGCCUGCCUUGUUACAAGUCAUUCAACAGAAUCAAUUUGGAGGUGCAGUUUCAGAAGAUCCUAAUUCUCACCUGGAGAAUUUUCUGGCAAUCUGUGAUACUUUGAAGUAUAAUGGAGUUUCAGAUGAUGCAAUUUGUUUGAGGCUUUUUCCGUUUUCACUACGGGAUAAAGCUAAAAACUGGCUUCAAUCACUACCUCAAGGAAGUAUUUCUACAUGGGAGGAUAUGGCUACAAANUUCGUAACAAAAUACUUCCCUCCNUCCAAAUCAGCGAAAAUGAGGAAUGAGAUCACNUCCUUCGUGCAGCAAGACAAUGAAUCCUUAUAUGAGGCGUGGGAAAGGUACAAGGAGCUAAUGAGGAAAUGUCCACAUCAUGCUCUACCUGAAUGGUUGCAAGUGCAAACUUUCUAUAAUGGUCUUUCACCCACUUUUAAGGCAAUGUUGGAUGCAGCAAGUGGAGGAUCAUUCAUUUUGAAAACACCAGAGGAAGCUUUGGAGACUUUAGAAUUAAUGGCAAACAACACAGUGNAUAUGCAGUUUGACCGUCNAANUAGAAAAGUUGGNGUGUUGGAGGUUAAUACNUUGGAUGCUAUCUUAGCCCAAAACAAGUUNUUAACACAGCAGAUUACAGAUUUGACUCAGAAGAUGGGAAUUAUGCAAGCAAAUAAUGUGAAUACUAGAUCUCCAGGGUAUGAUUUUUGUGGAGGAAUGCAUCAGAAUGGUGAAUGUCAGGCCACUCACCAAGACGCACAAAUUAAUGCAGUGGGACAACAACAAAAUCAGUUCUCUACCAACUUUAAUGCAAAUUGGAGACCCCAACAAACCAGACCUUGCAGUAAUCCAAUCCAAUCUAACCCACCAAGGCCUCCAUAUCAAUAUCAAGCUCAACCCAAUAAUCAAGGAAACAAGAUCUCUUUGUUGGAAAAUGCAUUAGAGAAGUUAACGAUGCAAACUUCUACCUUUGUAGACCAGAAUUCUAGUUUCAUGAACGAGACAAGGACCAACUUCAGAAACCAAGAAGCUUCAAUCAGAAAUUUGGAGAACCAGAUUGGACAGCUUUCAAGACAACUCUCAGAGAGAUCUCCUGGCACAUUCCCUAGUGACACAAUACCAAACCCAAGGGAACAAUGCAAAGCAAUUCAAUUGAGGAGUGAAAGAGUAUUAGAGAGUGAAAAAAGGAGUGAGAUGGAGAGAGAGAAAAAGAAAAGAGUUGAUGAAAUAGUAGAAGAGAGUGCUGAAAAAGAAAUUGAGAGAAAAUCAUUGGAGCAAAUGCCAAGUUAUGCUAAAUUCAUGAAAGACUUGUUGUCAAAGAAAAGGAAGCUUCAAGAAGAUGAAACAAUUAUACUCACAGAGGAGUGCAGUGCAAUAAUUCAACAAAAAUUGCCUCCAAAGUUGAAAGACCCAAGAAGCUUUGUCAUUCCAUGUGAGAUUGGAAAUAUAUCUGUGGGUAAAGCAUUAUGUGAUCUUGGAGCAAGUAUCAAUUUGAUGCCUUUGUCAAUUUUUAAAAGGCUGGGAAUUGGAAAAGUAAAGCCUACUAUGAUAACUCUACAAUUGGCAGACCGAUCAAUGACUUAUCCUUAUGGAAUUGUGGAAGACGUCUUAGUGAAGGUGGAUAAAUUUAUCUUUCCAACUGAUUUUGUGGUGCUUGACAUGGAAGAAGAUGCUAAAGUCCCAAUCAUAUUGGGAAGACCAUUCUUAGCCACAGGAAGAACACUGAUAGAUGUAGAACAAGGUGCAUUGAUGUUAAGAGUAGGAGAUGAAAAAGUCACAUUCUCUAUAAAUGAAGCAGUAACACAUAAAUUGGACAAAGAACAUUGUUUCAAGGCUGAAAUAAUUGAGUCUCUUGUGUUAGAUGAUGUUGAUUAUCAUGUAAGGAAGAAUCCUUUAGAGAAAGCUCUUCUGCCAGGGAUGGAAGCAAAAGAGUUGAGUAAAGAAAUUAAUGAUGAAGAGUGGCAAAACAGCUUCACAAGUGAGUUGUGGUUUCUACCACAACCUGUGGAUUCACGUCAGGAUUUGGCAAGAGGAACAAAGAAGAACACAGGUAGAGUGGGGAGUUUUCCAUGGGCUGUGAAAGUUUCCAGGAGCAGUUAUUGA